AUGUGGUGGACAUUAGCCUUUCGUUACAACUUUUUCCGCCUCUUCCCCACUCACUACGAACUUCCACUAACAAUGGUUGUUGGGGCAACUGUGGCUGGAAUGACUUCAGAAGGUGGUGGGGCUGUUGCAUUUCCGGUUAUGACACUUUUGUUGCAUAUUGAAACUGAAGUUGCGAGGGAUUUUUCUUUAAUGGUUCAGUCUUGUGGAAUGACUUCUGCUGCGUUCACAAUACUUUGGAUGAGAAUAAAAUUGGAAUGGCACGCAAUAAUUCUAUGUACAAUUGGUUCAACUGCUGGAAUUAUAUUUGGAUUGGAAUGGGUUGAUUAUUUAUUGACUGGUUCGGAAAAGAAAAUGUUAUUUGUCAGUAUUUGGUUUUCUUUUGCAAUUUCUCUAUACGUUUUAAACACCCAAAAGAAGAGAAGAACACAUUCUGGUAUUGUAAAAUUUAAUUGGUGGAAGGCUUUAAUUCUUUUUGUUGCUGGAUUUAUUGGAGGACUUUGCAGCGCUUUUGCAGGCUCUGGUGUUGAUAUUUGUGCAUUUUCUGUUUUAACACUUUUGUUCAGGCUUAGCGAAAAAGUAGCUACUCCAACAUCGGCAAAUACUUGUGUUGGAUUUUUCUGGAGGCAUUUAAUUAUGUCUGAGGUGUCUACUCUUGCAUGGAAUUAUUUCACUUGUUCAGGUUUACUCUUUAAAUCAAAAAAUAAUUUUUUUAAUUUUCUAGUCCCUGUAGUUGUUUUAUUCGCCCCGUUAGGCUCUCUAUUAGCCUCUCAUUUUCAUCGUUUGGUUCUAGCUUCAUUUGUUUAUGUAUUGGAAGGACUUGCUUUGCUUGGAUUUUUGGCUACUGGUCCAGAAUGGAGAUUAAUUGGAAUUGGAAGUGUUAUUAUUUUUUGCAGUUUUUUCUUUUUCCUUGCUGUAAGUCGUAUUGGCUAUUGGUUAGAUGAAACUGAAAGAAAAACAACAGCAACAACCAAAUUGAAUGGAAAAAAUUGCGGGCAAAUUAAAUCAAAAGAAUCGAAGACUAUUAGGUUUGUUAUACCUGAAAAAUGAUUUUCUUUUGGAAAUUAGGUUUUUCUUUUUAAUUUAUUUUUUUUAAUUUUUCCAAGUUUUGAUAACUUAACCUGACCAAUAAGGGAUGUUCCUUCCAAAAAAGUCCGAAUUUUUUUCUUUCAACUUUUUCAAAAAUUUUCCAAAUUUGAACUAAAUUUUUUUGUCCUUUUUUUUUAUUCAGUAUUCCUCCCGUUUUCAUUUUUGCAUAUUUUUUCUGUGUCUUUGUGGUUAACCUCCGAAUUCUUUAAAAAUCAGGCCCAAGAUCCGUUUAAAUUAGUUUUGACCUUUUUGGUACAAUCU